AUGGUGGAGAAAACCAGGCCGGGGGAUGUCGCAGCCCGCGCUCUGGGGGCGCCUUCGCUCUGCGAAGAUUCGACAGGUACAGGUGAGGAGACGACACCUGUGGAUUUUAUUGGGGACGAAGAAGCGGCCCUGGCCGGGAUUGUUUCCAGAUUGGAACCAACACGUCGGGACAUCAUCCAGGCUGUCCAGGCUCACCAUGCUCUAUGGCGCUUUGGCCGGGUCCUUCGAAGAGCUCCCACGGCGAGGCAUCGCGCGAGCUACCCGACGGAUAGAAUUGACCAGUUUUGGAGCCACAGCUGGCAUGGCAGCACAUGGAACAAAGUCUUAACGGCCAUCUACUUGAGUAACGGCCUGGCUGCCUCUCUGCUUGCAACAGUCGGCGCAGCUCUGCUGAUGGUCUGCGUCGGUACUGGCACACUGCCUGAAAAGAUUUUCUCACAGGAGCCACAAUACCCAGAGCACUCUAUGUGGUGCACUGUGCUGGGUUUCCUGCUGUACCUGCUGGUGCUUUUCUUCUGGAGGCCUAGCAAAAGUAUCUUCCUCGAUGUGCUUUGCAUCGACCAGGAAGAUGAGCAAAGGAAAAUGGAAGGUGUUAUCAGCAUGGGCGCCUUUGUGAAAUGCUCGGACGUGCUUCUGGUUUUGUGGGAUUCGACUUACACGCGCCGACUCUGGUGCGUCUUCGAGAUGGCCGCAUUUAUGCACAGCCAUCCUGACUUCAGCAGGGCGAACAUCGUGAUUCGGCCGACGAUCCUGGGCCCUUGCCUCAUAUCUCUAACUGUGGCUCUGUCCUGCUGCUUACACGCUGUUGGGCUGAUACCGCGGGCCGCCCUCAACCACGAAGAUGCCAUCAUAUGGCCCAUCAUGUUCCUGUGCCUCAUCGUUGUGUUCUACUUGAGCGUUGCAGCUCUGCGCGCCUACUACCGGUCAGUAGAGACGCUGCAGAGGGAGAUGUCGCAGUUCUGCGCUGAAGAGUGCCUCUGCUGGUGCUGCAGCACCAACCAUGUGUCGCCUACCGGUGACGUGCUUGCAUGUGAUCGGCGGAUUGUCUUCCAAUGCGUCAGAAAGUGGUUUGGAAGCCUUGCAGCCUUUGAGGAGAAGGUACGCACAGACGUGGUGAGUUGUCUAGCAGACCAGCUGUCAGGGCAGAUCUUCACGUACGCGCGCUGCGCUACCUCAGCAGUUCCAGUCCUGUGGCACUUCCUGGACCGAGCUGGCACCCAUCUCCACCGCCGCGAAUGGAGAUAUGUCGACUCUGUCCUGAUGGAGAUCUUCCGUGGACUUGCAUGGGGCCUCGGCGUGAUUCCCAUCUUCAUCGCUGUGGGAGCGCGUCUGUGUUCCUGUUUGCAAAAACGGCGAACAUGGAGAGUGGUGGAGGCGUUGACCAACUCCUUCAUCCUUGCCUUCUUCGUGCUGAUGCUCCUGGGGGCUCUGGAGCUGGAGCAACAGUGCUGGCGCUUCGAGCAGGCCUACAUCACUCCGCCCGGUGAACUGUGGACCUUACUGCCAGGCUCGAUCAUCUUCACCGUCAUCACGCUCUCCAUGGCCGGAAUGAUCUUCCGGUACCUUGCGCGAAAGAAGCACGUCGCACGUGCUCCUGCUGGGCAACUUUCUGCCUAG